AGUGAUGCAGAAAAAGAGUUCAGAGAAAUGCCUGAGAAAAACGAAGUUUCUUGGAAUGCCAUGAUUACAGGCUAUUCUCAGCAUGGGUGUGCCAUGGAAGCAAUAAAUCUUUUUGAGAAGAUGAAACAGGUAGGUGUGACACCAAACCAUGUCACCUAUGUGGGAGUUUUAUCAGCAUGUAGCCAUGCAGAUCUAGUGAAUGAGGCUCUUGGUUACUUUGAAUCGGUGAGCAAGGAGCAUGGCUUACUGCCAAAACCUGAACAUUAUGUUUGCAUGGUGGAUCUUCUUGGCCGUGCUGGUUUUCUAAGCCGUGCAAAAAAAUUUGUAGACGAUAUGCCAAUUCAACCAGAUGCCUUGGUCUGGAGGACACUUCUAAGUGCUUGUGCAGUUCAUAAGAAUAUGGACAUUGGAGAAUACGCUGCCCACCAUCUUUUAGAAUUGGAACCUGAAGACUCAGCAAGUUAUGUCCUUCUGUCAAACUUAUAUGCUGUGUCUGGAAAAUGGGAUUCCAGGAACCAGACAAGGCAAAUGAUGAAAGAAAGAGGUGUGAAAAAAGAGCCUGGUCGUAGCUGGCUUGAGGUUAAGAACUCAAUUCAUGCAUUUUUUGUUGGUGACAGACACCAUCCACUGGCUGAUAAGAUAUAUCAGUACUUAGGAGACCUGAAUGAACGAGCAGCUGAAAUUGGUUAUGAGCAAGACUUUUAUAGCCUUUUGAACAGUGUGGAACAAGGACAAAGUGACCCAUCUGCAUUCAUUCACAGUGAGAAACUGGCCAUUGCUUUUGGCCUCCUGAGUUUACCUGAUGCAAUUCCUGUUCGUGUGGUUCUUGUUCAUGUAAAGAUUACUGGUAAAUUGAACUACAUGAAGAUUGCUGGGAAAUGGGAUCUACGGUUCUGGAAAAUGCACUUCAACGCCAAAGGAUCAUUAGCCCCUAUGUUCAUUCACUCCCUAUGUUCAGUCACCAUUAGUGAAAGAAUGGAAGAAUGUGGAAGCAUCCUUCAAGCUAUCCGCCUCUAUUCUUAGUUGAGAGUUGUGUUUGACCAUGUGGAGAUUGUGGGUAACAUUUCACAUAUAUAUCUCAUUGCAUGGCAGCCGUAGAAGCAAAAAUUUUAGUUUCUUAAUUUGAAACUCACUUAUUAACUUCAUUUUCACUAUAGUCACAUUCCUUCUUUUUAUUUUUAUUUUAUCCCUUUGCGGGGUCAAAAUGUCAACAGUCCACAGGAACCCAGAACUAGCUGGUUCUCCUAGGUCUUCUACUGGCUCGAAGCCAUGGUGCUUUGGAAAAAAUACAAGUGGAACCACCCAAUUUCUUUUGCAGAUCGGUUCAUCAUAGUUAUCAAAGUGGUUGCUCUCAUGUUUCUCCUCAUCAUAUUAUUCUUUCUGUGAGUAUCUCUGCCUGUUCAUUUAGGAAGCUACAAUACAAGUAUUCAUUUAGGAAAAGCCAGAAUAUGAGUGUUCAUUUAGGAAGCCAGGAAGUAUCUCUGAUGUGAUAAAAGCAAGUAACCUUUCCUACCAUCAUAUCAAGCCAUAUCUUCUCUCAUCCAUUGUGGUCAACAUGGAAGUACAAUAGGGAGAGAAAGCACACAUUGCUGCUUACAUUCUCGCAUUAUUUCUUUUAACUACCUUGUUACAUUUUGCUAGAUCUGCAAAUUGUUUGUAAAAAAUAAUUGAUUGUUUAAAUU